CGCAUUUCAAGCAUGCCUGCGAGUGAAGGAUGUUGAGGCUCCUCUCCAGAGUCUUUGCGUCCAUACCAAUUGAAGGAAACCGAAAAGCUGCCGCUGCGCACCAGAGCAUCUGCCCUGCAGCCUCAGUUUGUUCUGGCUUUGCUGUUAACCCCAUAAUGGAGCCUAAACUCUACCGGGCCCCUCCAGAGGUCCGGGGUAUGACCUCUCUGGACAAAGAGGCCUUCACACAGACUAUCACUGUCCCAGCGCUACGGGUGCCCACUGGGGUCUUAAACAAGGUGGUAAAGAGCCUGAGAAAGGCGACCAUCCAGCGCCCAGGGGUACCCCGAGUGGUGCAAGAUAAAGAGGAGAGUAGUGACUUUCGUUUAGUCCUGUUGGACCCCCACAGAGUGUCCUCUCCAAGCUCCUUCAGUGAAGCCGAAGCCGAGGCUCUGAGGUCAUUCAGCGUCGCUGAAGAGCUGCAGUACUACGAGCUGCGACUCACCUAUCACAACCUGAAGAGUGAAGAAGUGCUGGAGGCUGUGCUCCCUCAGGGGCAGGACGUGACUUCUGGGUUCAGCCGGGUGGGACACAUCGCACACAUGAACCUGAGGGACCACCAGCUGCCAUACAAGAACCUCAUAGGUCAAGUCAUCAUGGACAAAAACCCCGGUGUUACCUGUGUGGUCAAUAAGACAAACAUGAUUGACUCCACCUACCGCAACUUCAAGAUGGAGAUGCUAGCUGGAGAGGAGAACAUGGUCGCCAAAGUGAAAGAAAACGGGGCGACAUACGAGUUUGAUUUUUCUCACGUCUACUGGAAUCCCCGGCUGAGCACAGAGCACCAGCGUGUGGUGCAGCUCGUGAAACGUGGCGACACCGUGUUUGAUGUGUUUGCCGGUGUCGGACCUUUCGCCGUCCCGGCUGCCCGCUCAGGCGCAAACUGCUUGGCCAACGAUCUCAACCCCGAGUCCCACCGAUGGCUGCAGCACAACUGCAAACUCAACAAGGUGGAGAAGAAAGUGAGAACCUUUAACCUGGACGGCAGAGCGUUCAUCCGGGGGCCUGUGAGGCAGGAGCUGCCCGCGCUGCUCAAGGGAAAAGCCAGUGUUCAUGUAGUGAUGAACCUGCCUGCUUUGGCUCUGGACUUCCUGGAUGCAUUCAGAGGCCUAUUGUACCAGCAGCCUUGCUGUGAUGAGAAUCUACCCACAGUGCACUGCUACGGCUUCUCUAAAGAUGACAACCCUGAGGCGGAUGUGGCGGAGAGGGCUUCCCACAGCCUCGGGUUCCCCCUGAAGGACCGGUGCUCUGUGCAUUUUGUGCGUAAUGUAGCACCCAACAAAGAUAUGAUGUGUGUGAGUUUCACACUCCCGAAAGAGGUGCUCUUCAGUGGUGAUCAUGAACAGACAGAGCCUUCAGCAGAACCAGCUCCGAAGAGACAGAAGUGUGAAGAAGCUACAGAUUCGACACAAUCAUAAUAUUGACCCACCAAGGAAACAUUUGAGUUGAGAAUUUUAAGUUUUUUUCUUUUUCACAAACUGAGUUUAACUGACGUUUUUAUAACGGAUGACGUUGCAUCCUGUCAUAAGAAAUCAUCAUUACUUAAAUACAUGACUCCUUUUUGUUCAAACUAGAAUGUAUUAGAACUAUUCCCCGGGCGCCUGUCAUUGGCAGCCCACUGCUCCCUAUAUGCAGGGAUGGGUCAAAUGCAGAGGUCAAAUUUCGUGUAUAUGUAUAUGACAAUUAAAAAAAAAUGGUUUCGUUAUUAUUCAGAGCUUGGUCAUGAGUCUUGUUUCACUUUUAAAAUAAAUCAAAAAAAUGGAGCUUUUCAGUGUGAUUUAUUUAAAUAUAAAAGUAACACAAAAUAUAAAAAAAAUCAUAUACACCUUGACCAAAAGUCAAUCAUAGCACCAUCGACCACAGCAGCCUUUGCCCUCUCCGUAGUGGUAGCGGUGUGGCUUUUAUUGUCCUUUUAGUCACAUUUCUAACCAGUGGCUGUUGCUCUGGAUGUGCUCAGCGUUUCAGAGGGAACAGUCCACUGAAAGCAUCCUGAAUAGCUCGAUGACAUGCCAAAGCUGAGGUGUAUCCUCCAGCUGUGUCCUGAGGCAUGGCAGCCCGCACGUGGUUCAGAUACCUGAGAACACACAGAGAGCCCUGGUCAGUAACAGCAGUGAGGUAUUUUGUAAACAACGUGACUGACUGGAAGCCCCGAGAGCUGCUUUCAAAAAGUAGUUCCUGUGAGUGUAACUUGAGUGUAAGUUUAUUCUUCAUUAAAUCCACACUUGAAGUUAUUUUUUCUGGCUCUCCGCGACCCUUUGGCCCUUUGAUGAGAUCAACGAAGACAGACGUACCCAUACACUAACACUGGAUCACCUUGUGCCUAAAAGCCUCUCCAACAUGGCUCUAUUAAAGUAUUAUGGGUGUCUUUUAUUUUUUAAGUGCUUACAGAUGUAUCCUGCCAAAGCCGCUUUUCAGGUUCUUGAGGAAAGCCAAAAGUCAGUUUAUUUUCACAUUCAUGCACAGACAGAAAAACAGUCGAGCUGUUAAUUUAAUUUUUUGUGUGUGUGUGUGUGUGUGUGUGUGUGUGUGUGUGUGUGUGUGUGGAUUGACCUGUGUCCCCACUCUAAUCCUU